UGAUAGGUAGUAUUUGUUGUGAGCUCGGUGCCGUGAAACCAAGUAGAGCAAAAUAGGCUCAAGUCCUCUGCACCCUUCAGAAUGGACAAGUCAAUGGACCUCUCUCGCCUUCAGCAACUUGCUGCAACUAUCAGCAGUAAUACCACGACAAUCCACGACUACCUUCAGGCUCAUAAUGAACAGCUACCCGCCUGGAGGCCGGGGGCGCAGCAUGACCUGCCCGCAGAGGUCAGUCCAGCUCAGGAUGCCGCUCUCGACGCCAUCCAUGAGCUAUACGGUCUGUUGAUCAGUCCCAUAAACGCCUUUCUGGCGGCCUCGCCUUACAAUUUGAUGAGCAUCAAUGUGGUGGAACGCUUCAAGAUUGCCGACAGCUUCGAUGCCAGCGAAGAAACGAGCUUCGAGCGAAUUGCUGCCGCCUCCGGGCUCAGUCCGAUGCGUGUGAAGCACAUUAUCCGGCACGCCGCCACAAUGGGAGUUUUCCGCGAGCUGCGUAAGGGCAUCGUUGUGCAUACGCCGCGCAGCCUUCUGUUGCGCUCCGGCACGACAGAAGCAGCGUUCGCGGCCUGCUCUAUCGAAGACACCUACUCCGGUGCCCUCUUUGUAACACAAGCAUGGGAGAAAUGGCCGAACUCGGAUGAGCCCAAUGAGACCGGCUAUAACCUAGCGCACAAGACAGACCUGUCUAAGUACGACUUCAUCCAACAAGACCCGGCGCGCGCGGCCCGGUUCGCCAAGGCAAUGAGCAUGAUCGGCCAGGGGCCGGGAUUUGCGGCAUCGCACCUGGCUCGCGGCUACGACUGGUCUCAAGCCUCGACAGUCGUUGACCUGGGAGGUUCAACGGGUCAUAUCUCGGCGGCGCUGGCGGCGCAGCAUCCGGACCAGAAAUUCAUCGUGCAAGACUACGCGACGACCAUAGCCGGGGCGGCGGCCAGGCUGCCGGGCGAGGUCGCUCCACGCAUCAGCUUCAUGGCUCAUGACUUCUUCCAGCCCCAACCGAUCGUGGCUGAUACCUAUCUCUUCCGCUGGAUCCUGCAUAACUGGUCCGACAAGUACGCUAUCCGGAUCCUGCGUGCCCUGAUUCCUGCCCUGAGGCCCGGCGCCCGCGUCGUGAUCAACGACUAUUGUCUGCCCGAGCCCGGGGUACUGCCGCUCUGGAAAGAACGCGAGGCUCGCCAGAUGGAUCUCUUGAUGAUGGGUCAGUUCAAUGCUUACGAGCGCGAUGCUGAGGACUGGCAUGCCCUAAUUCACCGUGUCGAUCCGCGGUUCCGCUUGCUGGGUAUCGACACCCCUGUCGGCUCACAUUUCUCCAUCAUUGUCGCCGAAUGGGUUGGCGGCGUGAUUGAGGGGGAGUCCAGUUCGACGUAAGUUUCAU